CAAAGCUGCCUUUAAUGCAGCACUUACAUUUAGAAAUUGGUCCUCUUUGUCACAUUUUUCUUGCAGCACAUACUCAGAAAUUGGUCCUCUCCUCUGUUCUGUGUGUUGUAACUUGUGUUCAUCAAUGUUGUCAUUUCUGUGUGCUGCUCUCAUGGUUCUCUAUGUUCCCUUGCCUCCAGAGGACCACUUCUCUGAGUUUGAAUUAAUCCCUGAGGAGGAUAAUUAUCAGAACCCCCCAACUGGAAAUGAUCAGCAGCAACAUGCUGAAUGGUUUGAGGAGCAGCUGGAAGCUGAUCUCAAAUGGUCUUUUGCUUUGAAUGGUGUGUUGCAUGCAGCAACAAGCGAGUUCCAAGACAUAGUUCUUUUGGACACAAAGCGAUUUGGAAAGGCUCUGGUGAUCGAUGGGAAGUUGCAGAGUGCUGAAAGAGAUGAGUUUAUUUACCAUGAAUGCUUGGUUCAUCCUGCUCUUUUACUACAUGACAACCCAAAAACAAUAUUUAUAAUGGGAGGUGGCGAAGGGUCAACAGCAAGAGAGUCACUAAAGCACAAAGAUGUAGAGAAAGUUAUCAUGUGUGACAUUGACAGGAUGGUUGUCGAUUUUUGCCGAGAACAUCUGACAGAAAAUCAGGAGGCGUUUCGUGACGAUAAGCUCCACAUUGUUUUCAAUGAUGCAAAGGAUGAGCUAGAGAAAACUGAAGAAAAGUUUGAUGUGAUUGUGGGAGACCUACCAGAUCCAAUAGAGGGAGGGCCUUGCAAUGACCUUUACACCAAACCCUUCUAUGAGCAAGUCAUAAAACCCCACCUCAAAGACAAUGGCAUCUUUGUCACUCAAGCUGGUCUGGCAGGAAUUCUUUCCCAUAAGGAUAUCUUCACUUCAAUAUACAACACUAUAAAACAUGUGUUCAAAUAUGUGAUUGCAUACACAGCUCAUGUGCCAUCUUAUGCAGAUUCAUGUGGGUGGGUUUUGGCUUCAGAUGAACCACUCAAAUUGGACGUUGAACAACUCAACAGCAGAAUCCAGGAAAGAAUUAGAGGAGAUCUCCUCUAUUUAGAUGGUGCUUCCAUUGUUUCAUCCACUGUAGUAAACAAGAUGAUCUGCACAUCGCUUCUGAAAGAAACUCAAGUCUUGACUGGAGAAAACGUAAGGUUCGUCUAUGGGCAUGGGCUUACAAAGAAUGCAGAAGAAUAGGGGGUCUAAUGUGCUAUUGAAAGGAAAACCAAUGAUAAAGAAUAAAAGGAUCUGGGCAUGUAGACUCAGAACUAAUAAUUGAAGUUUUUUUUAACAAAACCAUUGGCUCAAAUUCCGGAUUUUAGGAAAUAAUCAACUACCGUUGCUUUACCAUUAUGUCACUGGAUUAAGUCCCCUCCUUUUGGUACCCCAGAAGCAAACAAAUGUUUGUUAGAGCAAACCCCAUAUCAACUCUACCAAAAUCAUCUAACUUCGACUUACUAUUAAGUAUUUUAGGUCAGACUUUGCCAAAUUUAAUGUAAAGCUGGAUUUGAUCGAACAGUUUGCAACACAUAGAUGGGCAUGGUUUGUACAAGAAGAGGAGAAAAAAGCCUUUGGAUUUUUCUAUGGUUAGUCAAACAUAUGCAUAUAGGCGAAAUUUGACCAUUAGUAUGAACAUAUGCAUAUAGGCGAAAUCUGAUCAUUAGUACAUUACCAUAUUUAAAUGAAGCUAGGUUUGAUCAAACAAUUUGCAAGUUGCAUUUGAUACACACAUGAGCUUGGUUUGUACCAUAAAGAGUAGAAAAACCCUACACAUUUUGCUAGCGUUAGUCUUCUAAACGCAUAGAGUAAAAUCUGACCGUUGAUGCAUUGUGAGUUCCAUGUACGUAAAUUAUUGUGUGAGAUGGUGAUAUAGUUAUCAUACUAGUAUGGCUUAUCAAUCAAAGAUUGUUACAGAUCAAAAUUGUAAAGCAGAAGUGAAAUUUAAUUACAAACUUUAGAGCAAUUAAUCUUCUUUGUAUGAAUAGUAUGAGAGAAGUUUUUUUUUUUGGGGGGUCCGUUGU